AAGAGACUCAUCCAAUCAGCGUCGUUUUCGUUAUCAAGCGCGAAACUGAAGCCAUGGCAACUGCGAUAGCGUGAUGCUGCUGGUUUGUUUGUGUGAAAGUCUGUGAUAGUUUCAUAUUUAGAUUAUCGUAUGAUCGUGUGAAGUCAUGUGUGCGGCGGUGAGGUUUAUGGUGAUGUAUGUGGAUGAGUCUGUAGAUGUGUUUUAUACAGACGGGCGCCGACUCCAGCUGUCAUCUUGCGGCUCUGAAUUCAUUAUAGACAAACACAAGCUGUCACCCUCUGAUCACCCGCUACACACCAGAGAGAGAGUCAGACAGAGGACACGAUUCACCAUCAGCGAGUAUAAGACUUUGGUAGUUAAUGCCCUGGAGUUUAGAAACAAAUAUGCAACUCGCCCAUAUCUGCCUGAAGAGCUUAUAGAAGUGGAGUUUAAAAAGACUUUCAUGAACACAGUGACUGAGGUGCAGUGGCCGGCGUCUGAUACUUGCGAUAUUUUACGUGGACCUCUCGAGGAGACGUCUGUCUGUUCUGUAGAUGGUCAUGCUAAACUCAUUCUUUCCUCUUCUGGAGAGGAGUUCACAGUGGAGUUUAUCUGCAGGUCCAGCCAAAGUGAAGUAGACUCACAAUAUCAAGGGAUCCAACACAAAAGCACGUGUUUGCUAGGUGCCCUGUCAUCAAAAUCAGUCACGGAUAAAGACUUAAACACCUCAGCUGAUGCUCAAAUUCAUCGUCGUCCAGCUGCAGAAUCUGUGGAGCCAAUCAGCAAAACGUCCACUGUCAGGCAUCUGGAAUCACAAAGAACUGAAAGAAACACUGGACAACCUACAUCAAGUCAUGCAGAUCUACAAGACACAGAAGUUCAGCUACCAACAGAGCUGAAGUCGAAACUUCCUGAUGCGUUGCCUUUGAAAUGUCCAUCUCCUCAUCAGCACAGGUGGAGGUACGAGAAGGUGAAUCCUGAUUGGCUGGAGCAGGAAGUGGAAGUUACCACUGAGCUGAUGAAAGUGGUCUGGUGCAAAGGUGUCAUAUAUCGUGUAAUUGAUGGCGUGACAGCAGUAGUCGAGAUCUCACCUGGUGACGGCUCGGUCAUCAGAUCCAACGGAGCUCUGGCCAAUUACUUCACACAUUACAAAUCUAAAGCUGCUCACAGAGAUACUGUGUAUUACCUGAGUGGACUUCCACCCGAUGUCCCUGGUCAGCUGUAUUCUGUCAGAUCUGUGGUCACACGGGCCAGCAGGAUUCUGAAAUGCUUCAUCCAGGCCAGAACUUCUCUGAGGACUCAUUUGCCUUUUUUAUGUUGGAAAGAGACUGCAGUGUGUGAUUGUGUGAAUGUGGUUCAGGAGGUGAACGUGACGGGUACAGGAUGUUUUAAAGCGCUCUCAGAUGGGACUGCUGAGGUUUUGUUCCUCAACGGUGUGAGAGCUCAGAUGAUGUGGAGUUCAGACUCGUACACACCUGCACAGAAACUCACAGCAGAGGUCAGGCCUUCAAAAGAUGGUGUCAGAUCAGUCUACCAGACGGUCAGAUCACACUUGUCCAGGUAUGUGUCAGCAUUAGCGGUGUGGUGUGAGUGGGUAAAGCAGACAGAACAGAGCAAAAGCAUAGAGGGUGGGGCCCUCUCAGACUCGCCCAUCCUAACACACAUCAGCCAAUAA